AUGGCCUCGGCUCUUACCUCUGACAUCCCUUCCGCGGACCCAGCAUGGCACCGCCGUCAUGAUCACCCCUACUUCAAAGAAAGUCAUCACAAAUUGCAAAGGUUUGUUCGUGAAUAUGUGAAUCGAGAAAUUGCUCCCAAUGUCGAGGAAUGGGAAAAGCAAGGAUAUGUACCGGAAGCUGCAUUCAAAAGACAUGCAUCUUUAGGCUUCUUAGCAGCUUCUGCAUUUCCUCUCCCGAAGGAUUAUAUAAAAGGAUUGACAUUGCCAGCCGGACUCAAUGUUGAUGAGUGGGAUGAAUUUCACGAUGCUAUAAUCAUUGACGAAAUGGCUCGUUGCGCCUGUUUGGGAACGGUCUGGGGCAUAAACGGCGGUGCGACAGUCGGCGGACCACCAAUUGAUCACUAUGGUACCCCAACACAGAAAGGAAAGUACCUAGCGCCUCUGCUACGAGGCGAGCAGAGACAUUGCCUUUGUGUCACGGAGCCUGCCGCUGGCUCUGAUGUUGCCGGAUUGACCACCACUGCCAAGAAAACACCCGAUGGAAAGCAUUACAUUCUGAAUGGAGAGAAAAAAUGGGUGACGCAAGGACAAUGGGCCGAUCAUGGCCUGGUCGCUGCUCGAACAGGCCCGCCUACUGCCAAGGGUCUCUCGGUUUUCAUCGUUCCACUGGCAACUGAAGGAAUUUCGAGAAGGAAAAUCGAGAACUCCGGUGUCAGCUCCAGUGGCUCGACUUUCAUGGAAUUUGACGAGGUACUCGUACCAGCCGAGAACCUACUUGGACAAGAAAAUCACGGAUUCGAAAUCAUCAUGUCCACCUUCGCUCAUGAGCGCCUUUGGGUUGGCAUAACCGCCCUGCGACUUGGCCGAAUUGCCUACGAAGACUCCUACCGCCAUGCGCUAAAGCGCGAGACCUUCGGAAAACCACUCUUCGAGAACCAGGUCAUCCGGCAGAAAUUCUCUCGAAUGGCAAAUAUGCUCGAACCCACCCAAGCAUUCAUGGAAGAAUUGGUAUAUCGGUCGGUUCGAAUGCCUUCUCUGAAUUUCUCGCCGUUGGCUGCGAUGCUUAAGGUGCAGGCUGCUCACAAUCUGGAGAAAAUAUCUCGGGAGUCUCAGCAAGUCUUUGGUGGACUUGGAUACUCUCGUCAGGGACAAGGCCAGCGAGUGGAACAGAUAAGUCGGGAUGUGCGGGUUUUGGUGGUAAGUGGAGGUAGUGAAGAGAUCCUGCUUGAUAUGAUUGCCAAGCAGCAGCGGAAGUUGGCUCAUCUGUGA